CCCUCUCUCCGCGAGCCGUAGCAUUGCAGAAUUAAAGCGGUGGGAAACAGAAACACUAUGGCUGCCACUCUGUCUCUUACUCAGCUCUCCAGUGGAAAUCCAAUUUAUGACAAAUACUACCGACAGGUGGAUCCGACCGGCAGCGGGAGAGUGGCAGCCUCUGACGCAGCUUCAUUCUUGAAGAGGUCUGCCCUGGCAGAUCUGGUUUUAGGAAAGAUAUGGGACUUGGCAGACUCUGAACGGAAGGGUUCUCUUAACAAACAGCAAUUUUUUGUAGCCCUGAGGUUGGUGGCCUGUGCACAAAAUGGCCUGGAUGUCGCACUCAAGAGCCUUAAUGUGGCAGUUCCUCCCCCUAAAUUUCAUGACACCAGCAGCCCAAUGUCAGUCGGGGGAGUGGGUACUGAACUUCCAUGGGUUGUUAAGCCUGAAGAAAAGAAAAAGUUUGACAACAUCUUUGACAGUCUGGGCCCAGUUGGUGGGAUGCUCACUGGAGACAAGGUCAAACCAGUCCUGCUAAACUCUAAACUAGCAGUGGACAUCCUGGGUCGGGUAUGGGAGCUCAGUGAUCUCGACAGAGAUGGCAUGCUGGAUAGAGAUGAAUUUUCCGUGGCCAUGUAUCUGGUGUACAGAGCCCUGGAGGGUGAGUCUGUUCCCAUGUCCCUUCCACCUCCCUUGGUCCCUCCAUCCAAAAGGAAAAAACCCUCAGUGCCCCCUGUAAUGCCCCUGUUACCAUCACCCCCCUCUGUCAAAGACAGUCGCACCUCCCAUACAAGCUCCAAGACCACACCCUUACCCCCAAAACCCACUCCAGCUCCGGUCCCAGUCCCAACACCAGCAGCUGCCCCUUGGGUGGUGUCACCAGCAGAUAAAGCCAAAUAUGAUGAACUAUUUAACAAGACAGACAGUGAUAUGGAUGGACUCGUAUCGGGACCUGAAGUGAGAGACAUCUUCCUUAAAACUGGAUUGCAGUCUGCUACAUUAGCACGCAUUUGGGAGCUGUGUGACAUCGGCGACAUUGGAAAACUGACCAAAGAGCAGUUCGCCUUGGCGCUUCAUCUCAUCAACCAGAAGUUGACGCGAGGUGUGGACCCCCCGCAGAAUCUCGCUGCCGAGAUGAUUCCACCGUCCGACAGACAGAGCAUCAAGCAGAACAACGUGGCAAACCUGGCGGCUGACUUUUCUGCUAUCAAAGAGCUGGACUCACUUAGUAAUGAGAUUGUGGAACUACAAAGGGAGAAGAAAACCGUGGAAGAGGAGAUAAAGGAGAAGGAAGAAGCCAUCAGAGAGCGCAGUAGCGAAGUGCAGGACUUGCAGGAUGAAGUGGCAAAGCAAAGUGGGGAGCUGCAGCGUCUCCAAAGUCAACGCCAAAAAGUCCAGGAUGCCUUGGAAGAACUGGAUCAACAGAAGGGAACACUGGAAGAGCAGCUGGCUCAAAUUAGACAGCAGACCAGCCAAGAGACAAACCUGAUUUCGUCCUUGCAGUCCAAGCACGAGGAACAGGAACAGAGAAUAUGCCAUUAUGAGGAGGCGCUUGUUCAGGCGCGUGAGGAGCUUCUUGCGCUGCAGGAGGAGAGUCGGAAGCUGCAGGAGAAGGUCCAGUCUGCUCAAGAACAGCUUACACCCCUGCAGGAGUCUGUGCGUGACUCCUUUACUCAAGUUGCACAGGUUCAGCAGAAACUUAAUGAUCUUGAGAUUGAAGAGAGAUCUGUGGUGGCUCAGCUUAGCUGGAAGAGAGCACUAGAAGAUGACUCACCUGUCCUGGUCAACGGAUCUGCAGGACCCACGAAAGAGCUGUAUGAACCCGACCCCUUUGAGAAGGACCUCUUCCAUGAAGACCAGCCCAAAGAGCUUAGAGAAGAAGAGCAACCUGUGAACUGUAAUAUCCAGAGUCCAGAGUCUGACCUCACGGAAAAAGGUGUCAGAGAAGAAGCAGAAGGAAAGGAAGUGGAGGAUGACACAAAGAUACAAGAGGAGGAAAAAUUAAAACCUGAUGCCCUGGAUGAUCUCUACACAAGUCUCGCCUCAAAUGACUUAUACAGUAGUCUGGGGACUUUGAACCGGCCUCAGGAGAAUAAUGUUGAGGAACGUAUUAGUCCAAAACUAGAUGUUUCGACAGAGACCCUCGAAGAUGCAGAGGAGACUACAGAAUCAAGUUCACCUGAGGUACCGUCAGCAGAGCCAGAGAGCAAACCCGGGCCAACACAAUCUCAGGAAGCGUCUCCUGCACAGCUGCAGGUCGGUGCUCGAUCACUGCCUCCCCAGACCAACCCUCCUUCCCUGCCUGAGAUGGACUUCUUCCAUUCAGAUCCUUUCACUGACCAUGAUCCAUUCAAAGAUGAUCCAUUUGGGAAAGGAGACAUUGCGGAUCCAUUUGGUGGCGAUCCAUUCAAAGGGACCGACCCUUUUGCAGCAGAUUCCAUCUUCGCACAGACCCCUGGUGCUCUCUUCUCCUCAGACGACCCUUUUUCUUCCUCUGUUGACCCAUUCAUCACCACGCCUGGCGUUCCAGAACCAGACCUAUUUGCAUCCAAGAAGGAUGAUCAAUCAGCUGCGUCCCCUGCAGAUCCGGGCCCUUUCACCACCCAGUCCAGUAGCACAGCCCGACCCCCGGCUGAUCCUUUCAGCUCUGCCGUUAACAGUACUUCUGACUCUGAUCCAUUUACCGAAAAAAAUAACACAGUGGAGGAGGAAGAUCCUUUUGGUUCUACUACUCAUGGAGGGACCGACCCCUUCAGCUGCUCCUCACCGACCGUUGGUCUGGAACCAAAGGACACUGCAGCAGUGAACGACCCAUUUGCACCUGGUGGUACGACAGUGAAAGUCAACUCAGACCCGGAUCCUUUUGCUGCUGUGUUUGGUAAUGAAUCUUUCUCAGGGGGCUUUGCUGACUUCAGUGCCUUGACAAAGUCAAACGGGGCUGAGCAGUUUGGCGUCAACAACAAGAACUUGUUUCAGGAAGACAGCCAAUGUUCCAACCCAGACGUGCCCCCAGCACUGCCUCCCAAAACUGGUACGCCAACAAGACCACCACCUCCACCUCCAGGUAAGAGAUCCUCCAUUUCCAGAACCGAGUCUUCGGAGUCCUUCCACCGGCGAGGUCACUCCCACCCACAGUCCUCUGGAGAGUUCUCCUCCUCUUCCUCCUCCUCUUCCCUGCCUGCCAAGGACCCCGUAGCUGACCCCUUCGCUCCCUCUUCCCCUCCACACCACCUUCAGGAAGCUGACCAAUUUGCCAGCUUUGACAAAUACAUGAUCGAGUGGGCAAAGCGCGAAAGCGAGCGAGAGGAAAAGGAGCGUCUGGCCAGACUGACGCAGCAGGAGCAAGAAGACCUGGAGUUGGCCAUCGCCCUAAGCAAGUCUGAACUCUCCUGAGGAGCUGAGCCGUCUCACGCCCGCCCACUACCACCAGUCCAGUCAGGCCCGGCUCGGCUCGGCCCAAAAAGCACCAAAGCAACGUGGAGCCCGCACGGACUGCUCCUGCUGCAUCAUGAAGACACUUUCUAAAGUUCCUCCCCUCUCACUUCAGAGCAGUAUUGGAUUUUUGGAGUUGAUUAACUAUUCAUCUUUGUACAGGAAAUGCAGUGAUGCAGAUUAUAACUUAUUUAAACAUGCGCUCAAACUGGACUUCAAGUCCUCACUUUGUAACCGACCUCACUGCAAUUCCAUCGUGUGACUUGCUAGUUUUCAUGAACCCCCACGUCGGCGUCACAUGUUGAGUGAAUGUAUUUCUGUCUCUUCAGCAUCAAGGGCCAUUUGAGAUGUCUAAGUUGUUGGAGUCAUGUUCUUCCCAAAAAUUGAGAAGAUGCCUUUUAGUUAGCUAAUAUUUUGUGUGAAACUAAAUUAGUUUGGAUGAAAUAGUAGUGUGAGAAUGGCACCAAAACAAUCCCCAGUUUCUUCAUGUAUUGGUGCUGCAUUUGCCGACUUCACUACUAAAGAAGGGUGAGUCCUGAACACAGUCCACGUGCUGCAGAUGCCACUUGUUUGGGUCCUCAAGACGGUUCCUAGUCAGUCAAACCUGCUUGUUUGACCCACGUAUUGUUCAUCAGCUCCAGUCACGACUCCUCUCCAUGUCGUCCAUCAUCUCAUCUGAACUUUCUAAACCCAAAACCACUUUAUAGUCGUAAACCAUUAACACUUUUACAAACGCCGCUCUAUUGUAUUUUAUAUUUUAUAACAUCUAAAUGUUACCAGAAGGUUGGACAAACCUAUGUUAUGCAUUUGAUCAAAACAGAAUAAAUAAAACCAGA